AUGACUAAACUAUUUGACUAUUCCUCUAUACCUUAUUGUACGAAAGACCUUCGGCAUUAUUUCCAACCUGUUGUUACUCCAAAUGAUUUGCAACGGCUAAAGAAAAUUUUCCAUGAACAAAACCAUCGUCGAAUGAAAUUACUCAAUUACCAACGUCAGUUAUUGUCUAUUUACAAUCAUCAAUCGAUUCGUUAUAAAAAUCAAUUAUACGUUGAUAAGCACAUGCUUGAAAACUAUGGAUUUUCAGUGUUACGUUCGAAUCCUAAUGUACUAAUCACAAAUGAAAGGCGAUUUAAUCAAGAAAUGUACUCUCCCGUUGCACAAUCAAAUAGAUUACAUAACAUUACAAAAAUUCUAACGGAACAGCAAGAGACGACUCCAUUAACUAAUAGUAUUGAAUUCGAGACUAAAAAGAUAAAUCCAAUAGUGAUCAAGUUAACAAUCUGUUCGACAUUGAUUGCUACUGGACACGGACGAAUUAACCAGAUACAUUCCUCGUUAUAUCCUAUCGAUUUUGUACCGCUGAAAUAUGACACUACAGAUGAGGAUGUAAGUCUAUCAAGAAUGAUGUCUAGAAAGACGCCGAAUCGAAUUUUACUCCGACGACAAGCAAAACCUCAAUCGUCCAAUAUGUAUUUAUUUACUACAUCAGAUAAACCAUCUCCAAACGAACUCUAA